UGCUGACUUCUGAGCAGAGUAGAGAAGGAAAAUUGGGGAGUGUAAGACUAGUAGCAAGGUUCGCGAUUUUCCCAGCUGCCAAACAGCGAACCAUAUCCACUGCGGAAGUGCAAAUUAUUGAAUCAUCUCCCCCAUCGUAAAUGGCUCUUCUACAACCCCAUAAAACCCUUCAAAUCACCAAUUCUCUCUUCCCCAUCUGUAAUUUUAGCGCCACUCGGCCUUCCAUUUCAAUUCCUUUCUCCUCCUCCAAAACCCAUCAACAAAAUCCACUAUUUUCUUCCACCAUCACUCCCUUCUCGCUCUCAACCACUCCCAGAAAGUUUCUGUGCCAACCCCCCAAAGGAAAGUACAUCCACGACGAUUAUCUUGUGAAGAAGAUGACGGCUGCUGAAGUGCAGGAGCUGGUGAAGGGGGAAAGAAAUGUGCCGCUCAUAAUCGAUUUCUAUGCAACAUGGUGUGGACCCUGCAUUCUAAUGGCCCAAGAACUUGAAAUGCUUGCUGUUGAAUACGAGAACAAUGCGAUGAUCAUCAAGGUCGAUACAGAUGAUGAAUAUGAAUUUUCACGCGACAUGCAGGUGAGAGGGCUGCCUACACUUUUCUUCAUUAGCCCAGACCCGAGCAAAGAAGCUAUCCGCACCGAGGGUCUCAUUCCAAUUCAAAUGAUGCGAGAUAUCAUCGAUAAAGAGAUGUGAACUGCAAAGGAAGAAGCAUCAGGCACACCUCUCAUCAACACUUCUGGAAAAGGGGGGCUCGAAAUCCAUUCUAAGACCGCGUUCUUUCAAGCCUUUCGUGGAGUUUAUUGGCCUCCCGUAAGUCAUAGUUUAACCAAUUUGUCAGGCAGACUAGAAAUAGCAGGAAAUCGUGAUCAGAAGUCCGAAUAGGAUAGAAAUUCUUGUAGUAUUGAGCAUUGUCUAUUCUGUUUUGUAGGACCUAGGAUCAGUUAUAGAGUUCAACCCACAAAGACCUGGUACUUAAACCAUUCGUCACGGGUUCGAAUCUUCUCGCCUUCAAUUUGUCAAAAAUUAAAAGCGAGAGAUCGACAAUGGUUGGUUUGAUAACAAAGUUGGUCAGUUCUCAAGUAUGUGAUGUUGUGAUGGAACUAUUAAGAGAGGAAUCUAAGCUUUGAACUAUAUUGUUGAACAAGAGUCGAUUAAUUUAGAUAUGAUUCCUUGCUCUCUUGCA